UACGAACACGCACUCUGCAUUUCUGGAAAACCGUGUGCCGAGGAGAGGCCAUUUUGCACCCUGAGAUUAGGACGAAAAUGACCGAUUUUCAGGCCGUCGCACCGCCAGCUUCUAUCUCCAACGACGGAAAGUCAGCUUUUGCUGACGCAGUACAACGGGCUAAGCAGAUUGCAGCCAAAAUUGGAGGGUCGACGUUGCCUGCUGGCCAAGCAGGUGACCCGUCGGUGUCGCUGGGUCUCAAGAGACCCCUGGAUGAGCUGUCAGGGGAGGAGCCAGCUGGAAAGAAAAACAUGGCCUUCCCAAAUAUGAGUGACCCUUUGGGGAGUAACAUGUACUCCAUGAAACCGGGUAUGCCUGGUAUUGGAAGUGCGACGGAGAACUACAAGGUGCCGGCCAAUCUAGUUGGUUUGAUUAUUGGAAAGGGCGGAGAGACAAUCAAUAAAAUCCAGGAAGCUUCGGAUUGCAAAGUACAGGUUGCUGGACAGAACGACAUUGACAACCCGGAUGUAAGAACUUGCACACUGAUGGGGACACCAGAAGCUGUGCAGAGAGCGAAACAGGAGCUGGACAACAUCAUCUACAAUUCCAAGGAGGCCGUGACGGAGCAGUUGAUGAUCAAGGCCAACAAAGUGGGCCUGGUCAUUGGCAAGAAGGGAGAGACCAUCCGCAAGCUCAUGGAACAGUCUGGUGCCAGGAUGAUGAUGAUUCAGGACAGCACUGCCAACACUGGCAUGGAAAAACCCCUCAAAAUCACUGGUGACCCAUCUCAAGUGGAAAGAGCCAAAGAACUGAUCAGCGAAUUGUUGGAUAAACAGCAGCAAGAGUACAACAACAGCGUGGGAGGGGGCGGACAAGGAGCUCCACGGGGUCAGUCCAAUUACGGUGGAGGUGACAACAGAGAGUUCACUGUCCCGAGACAGACAGUAGGCAUCAUCAUCGGCAAGAAGGGCGAGAUGAUCCGUAGCAUCCAGGAAGACACAGGGGCCCGUGUGCAGUUCAAGGAGGAUGACGGCUGCGAGGAGCGAGUCUGCAUCAUCACUGGGCCGACACCUGCUGUGGAUCGAGCCCAGGAGAUUGUGGACGAGAUCGUGCAAGAGGCAAAGCAACGUGACAUGGAGAGGGGUAUGGGCAUGCGAGGCAGGGGGCGGGGCCGGGGAGGGGGACCCAACAACUUUGGCAACCGGGGUGGCUUCAUGGGCGGCCGGCCGGGCAUGAUGAGGGAUAACCAGUACCGCAACGGUGGCGAAAUGAGGGAAAUCCCGGUGGCUGCCAACAAGUGUGGCUUGAUCAUUGGUAGAGGUGGUGCAAACAUCCAAGCCAUUACAGCCAGGUCAGGGGCCCGGGUGGAGAUGACCCCUCGUGUCAACCAAAUGGGGGAGAAGAUCUUCACCAUCCAGGGGACGUCUGAACAGAUCAGCUCUGCUGAGCAGCUUAUCCAAGAGAAACUCAACCAGGGACCAAUGGGCGGGGGACCAGGAGGUGGUGGUGGAUAUAACCAAGGCGGAGGGCACCAGGGUAACCAGAACUACAACCCCGGGGGUGGGGGCGGCGGUUGGGGUAACGGCGGCUACGGUGGGGGUGGCGGUGGUGGAGGCUGGGGACAGCCCCAGGGACAGCAACAGCAGCAACAGCAGCAGCCGGGCCAGGACCAGGCUAAGAGCAACGAGGCAGCAUGGCAGGCCUUCUACCAGCAGCAGCAACAGUACUACCAGCAGCAGCAGCCUGGGCAGGCCAUGCAGCCACAGGCUGCUGCCACCAGCACCCCGCAGUCAGCCACCGGCAGCCAGCCCACGGCCACACAGUCACAAGGGCAAACCCAGACCCAGGCAGGCCAACCAGACUAUUCAAGCCAGUGGGCAGAAUACUACAGGCAACAAGCAGAGGCAAUGAGGGCGCAAGGGGGUACACAGCAAGGCGGUGCCCAGCCAGACUACAGUGCAGCCUGGGCAGAGUACUUCCGACAGCAGCAGGCGAUGUAUGCCUCACAGCAGGGGCAGCAGGGGCAGGCGCCACCUGCCGGCCAGCCUGGCCAGCAGCCUAAUCAGCAGGCUACCGGCUACCCCCAGUAAUAUGCACAGUUUUCUAACCUUUGACAAGAGGUUACCAGGCUCAGAAUUGUCAACUGAAUUACCCUUCCACAUCCAGUGCUUUAUCCAAAAAAAAAUUGCUGUUUUGGUCGUCUCUGACAAAAAAAAUGUAUUCACCAAAUCCCAAUACAUGUUCUGUGCAUUGUACAAAGAAAAAAAAUACCACCUGAUUCCAAAAUGUCAGAAAAAGAUAAGGUAAUGUUAUUGAGGAAAUUCACUGCUGUCGUUGGAUUGAAGCAUGCGUUUUAGUUGAAAAACAGAAAACCAAAAAAUUCCAUGAUUAGUUUGAAUGCGAAGAUGAUGCAUUGUCUGAUUUUGUAACUUGUUACGAGAGAGAAGUUGGGUGAGAGGCACAUGCAUGAAGCUUUCAGAGUAAAAUUGAGUAGUCGUCUCUCAAGUGGCCAAGAAGAAUUCCGCAGACCCACCCAUUUCUUCUGUAUAGUGCAUUCCGUGGCCACUGUGCUCAAAAAUGAACGACCAGAGGGUAAUAAAUACAUGUAGCAUGUUUCCAACCACCUAUGCCUCCUCUCUGAAAAUUUGCCAUUUGAAAGGUUUUGCCACUUGUUGCAUUGCUUUGAAUGAAUGCAUUGAUUGAUGUUCUGAAGUGGAUGGCAGUUUGGAGGUUUCCAUCUCUCAUUUUGCAAACUGUUGAUUGUACACACAUUGUUGAAUAUAUUGGGGUUUUGGUUUAGUGACGUCACCAGAGCACCGUCACCAGUCUACUGAUGCAGUCUUCAGGAGAUGUGCAUGAUAGUCUACCAGAUGGAAGAUCUUCAGUCCCUGUAGUUUUAUGCAGAGACACUAUUAGUGCUGGGUUGGUAACGAUACUCCAAGAAAUUAACCAUUUUUGUCAAGAGACCUGUGUAUAGACAUGCUUAGAAAUGCUCUUAAAUGUAGUAAAUAUUUUUCUGAAUGUAAGUUUUACUUGGUCAACUUAGAUAGCAUUCAUUUUCAUGUUUAAAAUUGAUUGAAUUACGUUUAUUGUUAAUUUUUUUCUUGUGUCUUGGUAUUACAAUUGAUCAUGCCUAUGCGGAGGUUUUAUUGUAUAUAGCAUGACGUAGGGAAGGGGUGGGAUAUUUUUCUGUCGUGUUUUGCAGAUACCUUAAACUUUUAAUGAUCACGUUAAGUUUGCCAUGUGCUUUGAGUGCUUUGUCUGUUAAAACAGGAGGCAAAGGAUGCCAGGAAAGCAACCAGAGAAACGGUAGGAUGGUAUGAAAUGGAAACCAGAUAUUGGAAUGACCUAGAUGACAUUGUUGAUCAAGUGUACUGCAUUCUCUGUGAUUAAUUAAGUAUGGAUUGACCAAAAUGGCAUUGUUAGUAUGUGGCAUUCUCUGAAUCAAAGGGCUUAUACCAUGUAACAUCGCAUUUGAAGGUGGUUUUUUUUUCUAUUUGCAUAUUUAUAAACUGGUUUUAUCCUUAUCAUUGAUAAUCAUCGUCAGUCCACUUUGCCUUUUUUUAAUUGAUUGUUACCUUGAAAUCAUGUCAAAUCUGGGAUUCUAAUUUACAUUUUAUGCUUCUCUGGAUAUACAUGUAUUUCGUUCUUUUUGUAUGUGUAUUUUUUUUAUUUAUCAAGUGUGUAGGUGGCUUCCUCUUCUCACGGGAAACCGUAAGUAAAUGCCAACUGCAGCCCAAGGAAUAAUUUGCAAAUUUCAUGUACCAAUUAUUUUCCGUGUCAGAGUGAUUUCAACGCUGUCCAACAUUGAGGACCGUAAUGUGAUAUUAUGUAUGUUUUUAAAUUAUUGUUUUCUUUAUUGCAAGUGUAAGUUGAUUUGGCAAGGCUUGGAAUUGGAAUUGUCAUUUAUUUACCGCGUAUAGAAAGUAUUCUAUGUAGAAACACACUAAAUGUCAUGUUGAGGUGGUUCGAUCAGUCACAUUUAUAUGAGUGCAUAAAUUGUUUGGGAGGGGAUAGUGUAGUCCAGUUUUCCAGCAGGUCGGCUGAGAGAACGCUGGGGUCAGUGCGCGGUCAGAGUGGUGACCUGCCGUGGCUGGGGAUGUAGUGAUACUCUGGCUUCAGAAGCAAGACAGGUAGCCAAUGCGAGGGUAAGAUUCCUGUGUAAGAGGGCCAUAUUCUGCAUUGUAGAUGUACAUUUGAUACUGUGACCGUAUCUCAUUGACCUUUCCAUACUGAAAUGUAUCCAGAUGCACUAUUCUCCCAUCCUUUCCUGGUGUAUUUGACUUGUUGCGUUAUUAUGUGUGUAUUAAAACUGGUGACAUCUUAUAAAUAUGUUUACGCACCAAAUGUACCAGGUUUUAUUUUCCUUGUUUGAAUAUUAAAUGCAUUUUUACACCUUC